UUGGUCGAGCGGCCCAGCCAGUGAUGUGCGAGGUCAGAGGUGAACGGCGGUGUGGAGAGCUGUUUGUCCCGGACUGGAGCUGAGCCUUGGACCGACCCGGCUCGGUCCGGAUGGAGGCCGCCCGGCUCUAAAGGCUGUCAGCGCGAGUUCUUCCUCCUGCCCGCCGGGGUUACUGCGAUGACGGCCAACGAGGAGCAGACGAGCAGUGACAACACAGGAGAGAACUGGGCGAGGCUUUUAUUCUUCAUUCAUUCAUGGGAUGAGGACGUCACUGGCUCGGCAGCAUUUAUUGCCUAUCCCUUGUUGCCUAGAGGGCAGUUCACAGUCACCCACAUUGCUGUGGGUUGGGAGUCACAUGUACUCCAGGCCAGAUGGAGCUUGAAGCUCUUCGCUCCAUUUAUGAAGGAGAUGACUGUUUUAAGGAACUUAGUCCAGCAUCUUUUCAAUAUAGGUUCUUCUUCAAUAAAGCAGAAUAUAAUAGCCAAGCUACAAGAACAGGUUGAAGCAAACUUGGGGACAGCAAUGGUGUACACACUGUUUGAAUGGGCUAAAGAGAACCAAGAGGACCUUAUGGAAAACCAUCAGCCAGUAGUUGGUGCAGUGACGAUAUCAAUGACUCAAAAUACUGUGACUUCUCAUACUUCUGUGGCGAAGAAAAAGAAAAAAGAACAGCUAUCAAAAUCUCAAAAGAAGAAAUUGGCUGACAAGACAGAUAACCGAGGGCAAUUGCCACGUGGAUGGAAUUGGGUAGAUGUCAUUAAGCAUUUAAGCAAAACUGGCAGCAAGGAUGAUGAGUAACCAAGUUUAUGGACUGGCGUUAACUAGAAUGUCAGAUUUAUUUUUGCUGGAGCACAUUCAUUUUUCAUGUUUGUGUGGAAAACCUCUUUGGUAAAAUUACAGCAUCCAUUUGGUAUGAAAUCAUUGUGGGUUUUGUUUUUACUCUACAGACUAGUUGCACAUUUCGAAGGCAAUUGUUGCACUAAAUCUGACACUCAAAUUGAUCUAUUUACAAAGCAAAAUAAAUAUAGAAUAACUUGAGCUACCAUUAAGUUGGGCACAUGGUCACAGAUCGCUUUGUUGCACAUAUUUCUAGUGGAGUGUACCUCUGUUAGUCAUGUUUUUAAUUAGAAAACCAUGAUUGAUUGAUUGUUUUCCUGAACAGUAUGGUGAAGCUAGUGACCUGGCUGCAACCAUGCUAACUGUUAUUUUAAGGAGGGUAUUAUGGACUGUACCUCUUUAUCCAUCAUCUCCCCUUUUGAUAUCCUGACUUAUCAUCAUGAGGAAAUCAACGGAAAAUAUUCAGGAUUUGAAUAAAGUUUUUAAUAUUUUUAA